GACUUGGCUUGACUCAGGAGAACCACAGCUGUGACUUGGCUUGACUCGUGGGGCACAGCUGUGACUUGGCUUGACUCGUGGGGCACAGCUGUGACUUGGCUUGACUCAUGGAGAACCACAGCUGUGUCUUGGCUUGACUCAUGGGGAACAGCUGUGUCCUUGCUUGACUCAUGGAGAACCACAGCUGUGUCUUGGCUUGACUCAUGGAGAACAGCUGGAACUUGGCUUGAUUCAUGGGGAACAGCUGUGUCCUUGCUUGACUCUGUUACUUGACUUGACUCUGUUGCUUGACCGGGCUCUGUUGCUUGGCCGGACUCUGAAGCUUGGCCGGACUCUGAAGCUUGGCCGGACUUGGAAGCCUUGGACUUUGGAACAGCAGCUGUAGCUUGACUUGACACAGGAGACACAGCUGCAACUUGACCUGACUCUGAAGAUGCACCUGCAGGUUGACUUGGCUCUGCAGCUUGACUUGGCCCUGCAGAAAACACAGUUCCAGCUUGACUUGACACUGGAACAGUAGCUGUAAUCCUGCUUGGCUCGGGGGUGGCAGCUGUGACUUUACUUGACUCAGGAAAUGCAGCUGCGACUUGACACAGCGGCAACUUGACUGGAAUCAGGGGUAGCUGCCAUUUUAGCUGCCCUUACGGCCAUGAGGGGUGAGUCCAGUAUGUGUGCCAUCAUGUGGUGUGGCUCUGGGAUGGCGGCCAUCUUGUGAACUGGCUUGGGGAAGGCGGCCAUCUUGUGAACAGGUUUGGGGAUGGCGGCCAUCUUGUGGACUGGCUCUGGGAUGGCGGCCAUCUUGCGGACUGGCUUAGGGACGGCGGCCAUCUUGCGGACUGGUUGUGGGAGGGCGACCAUGACGGGUGCAGGCCCUGGAGCGGCAGGCAUGGCGUGAGCAAGCUUUGGCUUGGUGGAUGUGGCUUGAGCAGGCUUUGGCUUGGCAGGCAUGACGUGAACAGGCCUUGGCUUAGUGGACGUGACUUGAGCUGGCUGUGGCGUGGCAGGCAUGACGUGAACAGGCUUUGGCUUGGUGGACGUGACUUGAGCUGGCUUUGGCUUGGCAGGCAUGACGUGAACAGGCCUUGGCUUAGUGGACGUGACUUGAGUUGGCUGUGGCUUAGCAGGCUUGGUUUGAGGAGCCUCUGGCGUGAUGGUGACGAUACCGGACAUGAAGGUUGGGAUGUGACGGGUCUCUGGUUUGCUUGAGAUGAAGGGAGCUGGUUGUGGUGGGGUGGCUACUGCAGGAUUGCGGGGUCCCUCGUCCGCAAUCCCGACAGUAAAAGGUGAGCUGCUUAAUCGGAGCGCUAGAUCUAUGUAACUUUCGAGAGUCCGUUGUUGGGUAUUGCGUGGCAAGAUGCGUGAUAUGUUUUUGUCCAAACCAAAACAGAAAAUGUCCAGAAGAAAUGUAUCGUUGAAAUCUACCUGGUGACACAGUUCACAGAAGUCCGUUACAUAGUCCUCUAUGGAACGGUUCCCUUGUCGGAGACGGACGAGACAAUCUGCUGGGUUCAUGGUUGGUUCAUUUUGUUGCAUGAUUCACACUGUUCAUACCUUCAAGGUUAGUUCUUUUAACUGAACUUCUUACAUUUCAAGCUUUCUACAACGUUGUAUUCAGAAAUAGAUGGGCCAGGAACAAAAUCUCUUAUAUAAUAAGGUGAUCAUUGUUAUUUUGGACACAUCAGUGUGAUGCAGAGUAUGUAGCUACACAGUUGUGUUUUGUUUUUCCUUUAUUUCCUCUCAGUUAACAGCCUUAAAAGCGUUGUAUUUGUGUUUAGUUGUGAAAUGCUGACUGUGUAGUGACAUUUGAAUGGACAAUACAAGGGUUAGUUUAUUUUGGCAUGAUUAUAUUGGAUGGAAAUAAAUAAGUGUUUUGAUGCACCACUUUGUAUCAUGAGAGGAGCUGUGACAGAGCAGGCACAAUUCUCCUGCUUCUUCAUUUUCUCCUGUUAUUAGGCUUACAGGUGAAAUCCGUAAAUUAAAUAAGAAACUGUUUAAAAUAAGUAAUACUUAGAAGAGUAAUACUUUGACUAUUGUCAUAGAUUGUGAAUAUAAAAAGAGGCAUUGGUGAGUCAAGCAUUAUUCUUGACACAUCAGCUCUGAGAUCUACAAUCUACAGAACGUCUACAGAUUCUUUCGGUCAUUGUGAAGAAACAUCUUGAAGAAUGAGAAGCCUGAUGUCUGUGCUGUUCCUGGUGAUCUUCCGCUCUGUGCAGAUGACUAGUGCUACCAGUGCAAUUGAAGCAGCACAGCAAUUGAAGUGCUGUGUAGAGUUCUCUAAUGUGAAGAUUACUGUGAAACUGGUGAGAUCUUACUCCUGGACCAGCAGCAACUGUCCCAGACGUGCUAUUGUGUUUACGACAGUUGCAGGGAGAGAGUUCUGUGUAGAUCCAGAGACCAUCCGGGUGAGCCACCAUGUUAAUAAAGUGAACAAAAGAACAACAAAUGCAACAACAACUGUUGCUGCAUCACGAACUGUAAAAGUCACAGUUUAAAAGGACUUAAAAUGUGCUUUUCAUAUUGUAAAUUUAAACUCUUUGCUGUUUCCAUUGUGUAUAUAAAAUAUUUUAUUUAAAGAGUAAUUUAUGUGAUUGGGUUCAGUUGUUUUAAUAAAAUAUCAUUGAUAAAAUUA